AUGCUUACUGGGAGAAUUCCUAAUCAAUUGGCAGGCUUGACAUUUCUUCAAGUUUUGAACCUGUCACAUAACCAACUUGAAGGACCAAUACCUCAAGGAAAGCAAUUUCACACAUUCAAGAAUGAUUCUUUCCAGGGCAACUCUGGAUCAUGUGGAUUUCCGCUUUCAAAACUCUGCAAUGAUGGUAAAGGACAAGCUGUAGUAAUACCAUCAAGCUCCCCACAGGAAAAAGAUUCAGAGCUUGAAAAUGGGUUUGGAUACAAAGUUGUAUUGAUGGGAUAUGGAUGUGGGCUUCCAUUUGGAAUAGCAAUAGGAUACAUUGGUUUUAGGAAAAGAAAGCCUUCAUGGUUGGUGGCAAUGGUUGAACGUGAAGGUUAUCAAAUAAAAAUGAAACUGCAGAAGAAUGCUCGCAAAAAUGGUGGAGAACUGCACUAA